AUGCGGCUAUUAGCGCUGAGAACUUUGGGUACUUUCGCUUUCGACGAAACUAAUAAACGUGCGAUGCUCAAACUGCGCGAUCUCCACUCGAUUCUCGUCGUAUUCGCGCUCCGCCCGGAAUUAAAGGCGGCGAGCGUUGCGGUGAAGAAGGAAUCGAUCCGAGUAUUGGCUAUUUUGGGCGAGAACGAGCUCGUGCGCCAGGCCACUGGUGCGCCUCCCAUCACUGGUCGUGGUAUACGCAUUCUUGCGCUAGAUGGUGGUGGUAUACGCGGUAGAGCGACGUUGAAGAUGUUGAAAAGAAUUGAGGAAGGAACUGGUCGUCCGAUUCACGAAUCAUUCGAUUUGGUGUGCGGAACGUCUACUGGUGGCAUAUUGGCCACGGCGACGUCCAUCAAAAAGCUCUCAUUGGAGCACUGCGAUAAGAUUUAUGUAAAUCUUGGCAGCAAAAUCUUCAGUCAAACAACGCACAACGAAGAGACCUCUGGAUCGAACUCUUGGCUCGGCAGUGUUGGUUCCAUGUACACGAGUGGAAAGCAACAACUUCUCGCGACGACGCUCUAUAGCAGCAAGCACAACACCUCGACCUUUGAAACCCUCGUUAGACAAGAGUGCAACCCUGAAGCAGAAGAGCCAACGUGGAUAGACACCGCUGCGUCGGGCGGUCCGAAAGUUUUCUGCGUUUCUACCCAAACGAGUCAAAAUCCGGCGCAGCCGUACUUGUUCAGAAAUUACACGUAUCCGGCUGGCAGUACGAGUGCGUAUUCCCAGGCAGGUAGUUGCGAAUAUCUAUUGUGGCAGGGUGUCUGUGCAUCCGCCGCUGCACCAUACUACUUGUAUGUUGACGCCUUUGCGAUAGAAAACGAGCGCUGGGUUGAUGGAGCCAUGACUUGCAACAAUCCGGCGAUGAUGGGUGUCCAGGAAGCUCGACGACUUUGGCCAGACAAGAAAAUUGACUGUGUCGUGUCCCUCGGAAGUGGUAACUUCAUCCCCCACGAGAGAGAUCCACCCAUUUCUCUCGUCGCUUUGGCCAAAGAUGUCUUGUUUGACAGCGCUUGCGACACUGAACGCGUUCAUGAAAGCUUGAGUACGCUUUUGCCACUCAUACCCGGGGCGCAAUAUUUCAGGUUCAACCCGGUUGACGAGCGUUGCAAGAUAGAAGUCGAUGAAACGGAUGUUGGUGCACUCCAAGGCUUAUUUGACGCUACUGAAGAGUACAUUGUGGCAGAGAAGGAGAUGUUCGACAAGGUAUGCCAUUUAUUGAGAGACGUCGACGACACAGAUGAGGUCACCGCCAAACUUCUCGACACGGAAAUUAGCGGAACGCGCAGUGGUGUUCUAGUUUUGGAAGCGCCCCGUUACGAAGAGGAACUUUCUGAAUGUACUUCUGCCUUGAAGAAUUUUUGUGCUUUAAGAUCGAUAUCGAUACAGUGCGCAGAUUACUCCGCCAAUAGACCCAUGAAUCCGGGCGAAGCACUGAGCCAUCUGAACACGGUGGCGGAGACGUCGACUGCAGCAGUGAUUCAUUUCAACUGCCACGCCGAUUCUGACGGAUUGAUUCUCACUUGGCAGAAAGAUGUCACUGCUAUUGCUGAGCCUAGCUCGGUCGCUGAACUAUUUCUCAGUAGGUCUGGUAGCCCGUAUGCGUCAGUCAGCGAACACUGUGAAGCUGAGGCCCACAUUGAGGUGCAUGGAAUAUUGCAUACUUUCUCAGGCAAGCACGUGCAAGUGAACGAUGUCGGCGAGCGCACGUCGUCAUACUUGUUUAAGCGUACUGUCCCAAUGGACUACCUGGACGGAUCGACGAGUCGAGAGUUAUUUGGUUUAUGGCGUGGGAAGAUCAUCGUUUCUCAAAGUUCACUUCCAUCCUCACUCGUUGCGGCGUGGCUUGAAGCCGGGGCGAAAUGUGUGGUCGCACCGUGCAAGGAAGGCGGCGUCGUUAACGUUGAAAGCGAACAGACAGACUUUAUGGCUGCAUUCUAUCACGCACUUUUUGUUGUGGGCGCGGAUGCUACUGCGGCGAUGAGCGCAGCUGCCAUCGUGCAGCCGGCGUGCUCGUAUUACCGUUGUCACGUUCUUGUUCAAGGUGGAAUCGUGGCACUUCGUCCUGACGAAGAGUUUGACUAUGAUUUGGAUGCGCACGUAUAG